AUGCGUUUCUUGCUUCUUUUGUGUGUAGUGUUAUGUCUUGUUGGAAAUAUUAUUGGGAUGACGAGGUCACAGGUUAAAAAAACGCUGCAGAUAAUGAAAAAGCAAUGCAUUUCUAAAAUUGGUGUACCUGAAGAUAAAAUAGCCAACAUAGAGCAGGGAGUUUUCAUAGAAGAUCGACUAGUAAUGUGUUACAUUGGAUGUAUAUAUAAAACUUUGCAAGUGGUAAAAAAUAAUAAAAUAGACAGAGACCUGGCCGUGAAACAAAUCGAAGCACUAUACCCGCCUGAAUUGCGAGAGAGCACUGUAAAGGGCAUGGACAAAUGUUUACCUAUUCAGGCGAAGUACGGUGAUUUUUGUGAGGCCGUUUUCCACGGAGCCAAAUGUUUGUAUGAAUUCGAUCCGCCGAGCUUCUUAUUUGCUUGA